AUGAGCGAUCAUCCCCGAGCGAGGAGACCUCAUAGGAAAUCCCGUGCAGGGUGUCGUAACUGUAAACAGAGAAGGUGCGAUGAACUUAAACCAACUUGUGGGAGCUGUUCGCGAUUUGCCAUCCCCUGCGACUUCUCGCCAAAUCCAGCAGGGAGCAAGCAGGGCGAAGAUUUAUUAAACAAUGCUCCAACUCGGCGGAAGAGAGGUAGGCCACGUAAAGAUUGGCCGGCUAUCACAAGGGAUUUCGGACCCCACGGAGAGAUCUGUGAAAGCUCUGAAAUAACAGCGCCUAAUCUCGAUCUAUUAUCAAUUAAGGAGUCGACUUCCUCCCCCCAUUUAACUGUUGAUGAACUUGAACUAUUGCAUCAUUAUCUAACCGAUGGGCAACUCAGCCAAGGAGAUAAACUGCUGUGGCAGAUCAAAGUGCCCCGUUUAGCCUUCACUCAUCACUGCGCCCUCCAUCUGAUACUAGCCAUAUCAGCCUUCCAUCUGACGAGACUAGAGCCAGAUCGUUCAGAACACUUCAGGAGACUUGCGGAUACCCACCAUUCGAUCGGGAUCCGCCAGGCAACCCAUCUUUUCCCUCAGCUUAGUACAGAUAACUGCUCUGCACUAUAUGUGGCUUCAGCUCUGGCUUGUGCGUGCGGUUUUGCCAAAAAGCCGACGCCAGGGAAUCUUCUAGUUGUCGCUGAGGACUGUGAGGUACCUUGGCUGGACUUAUUAAGAGGAGUCCGAAUUAUCAUCGAGAAUAUUGGCCUGGGGCACGUUUUCUCGGGCGUCUUAGGUCCGUUCCCGCCACCACAACCCGAAGAGCCAUCUAGAAAAGAGGCACACCAGGUCGAGUUCGUACCAUGGGAAGAGCCUCUGCAGAAGCUGUCGACACUUAUUUCGGCCGCACCCGCAUCGACCCGCAAAAUUUAUAAUAGUACCCUCGGAUGCUUAUCGUGGUGUUUUCACGAAACCUAUGGGACAUCUGCCGCUCCCAAGAGUGAAAUAAUUGGUCAGUUUCGGGUUCUCAUAGCAUGGCUGUACAAAUUAGAUGAGUGUUUUGUCGGCUUCUUGUGUGAGAAACAGCCCACAGCCCUGAUAAUUCUAGCUCACUUCGCUAUACUACUCAGUUCACUCGAGUACUGUUGGUUCUUAGAAGGAUGGGCGAAUCAUGUUUCCCAAGGCAUCGCGGACUCUCUAGACCCGUCAUAUGAACAAUGGCUGCAGUGGCCAAGCGAACAGAUUGAUAAAUCCAUUAAAUUGCGAAGGAAUUUGGAGAAAUACGCUAAAUAUUAA